AUGCCGUUCUCAGCCAAUGCAACCCCUGAGUUUGAGGGCAGAGGAGGCGAGGAGCUAGGCACGGAGCUGAGUAACACACUCUACAAAGUCUUCAACAACAAACACAGUGUGGACCUGAAGAGCCUGUGUAUCAGCGCAGGAGAGCACUGCUGGGUCCUCUACGUGGACGUUCUGCUUUUGCAGUGUGAUGGAAACCUUUACGAUGCCAUCUCAGUAGCCAUCAAGGCUGCUCUCUUCAACACAAAAAUUCCCAGAGUGCACAUAUCGGCCGACGAGGAAGGAGGGAAGGAAAUUGAGCUGUCAGAUGACCCUUAUGAUUGCGUGAGACUCAAUGUAGAAAAUGUUCCUUGCAUCGUGACGUUGUGCAAGGUGGGCCACAGGCACGUGGUGGAUGCGACUCUGCAGGAGAAGGCCUGCUCUGUGGCCAGCCUGAUAAUAUCUGUCACACACAAGGGCACGAUCACCUGCACCAGGAAGGUGGGCGGAGGCAGCCUGGAUCCGGAGAGCAUCUUUGAAAUGACAGAGGCAGGUAAACGUGUCGGGAAGGCCCUCCAUGCUCCGCUCAUGAAGCUGCUGCAGGAGGAGGAGAGUUUGGGGAAAGCACGACAGAAAGUUGGCUUCCUUGGUUAACAUAAUUUACAUUUGAUGUACAUGUAUUUAGAUUUUUCUAAUAAAAAUUCAUUUCUA